GCCGCGUGUGUCCCCGCGUGCCCGCGUCCGCCCCAACGCGUACCGCAGCCUGCUGGCACUCCUCCGCGCCGCCAGGGGCGCAGAGGUUCUUCGGCGCCGCAAGGGAGCGCUCGGUGGCCCCUCCCGCCAGCGGCGCCGCCGUAGCCAUAGCGACGCCACCGACGCCAUGGCCGCUGCGGAGCCGUUGUCGCCCGCCGAGGCCGAGGCGCUGGUGCGGACCUUGCGUGGCACCGAGCUGCGGGACGCCGGCGGGAAAGGGUGGCUUCGGCAGCAUGAGUGUGUGGAGAAGCUGAACAUGCACGCCAUCCUGAGUGCCUCUGCCGGCCAGGAGCAGCUCCUCAUCGAGCUGCUCGUCAGCCAUGCCAAGAUUCCUGUUCUCAUCGGAGAGCUGAUCUCAGUGGAGGUCUGGAAGCACAAGGUCUUUCCCGUGCUGUGCCGGCUUGAGGAUUUCCACCCACGCAGCACCUUCCCCAUCUACGUGGUGCUGCAUCACGAAGCCUCCAUCAUCAACCUCCUGGAGACGGUGUUUUUUCACAAGGAGAUCUGUGAGUCAGCAGAGGACAGCAUUCUGGAUUUAAUUGAUUACUGCCAUCGAAAACUGACCCUGCUCACAGCUCGAAGUGCCAGCGGACAGGCAGUGACCCAGCAGGAGCUCCGUCCCGAGGAGCUGGCCAGUCCUUUGUCCAUGCAGGAGCUGCAGAAGCAGGCGGAGAUGAUGGAGUUUGAGAUUGCCCUAAAAGCACUGUCCGUGCUGCGGUUCAUCACUGACCAGGUGGGCAGUUUGCCCCUGAGUGCGCUGACACGGAUGCUGAACACCCACAACCUGCCCUGCCUCCUCGUCGAGCUGGUGGAACACUGCCCGUGGAGCUGCCGUGAAGCAGCAGUGCGAUGGAAAAUGGCACAAUCCACUGCAACCCUACGGGGGGAAAGCACCUCAGCAGGAGUUCACAGUAUAGGCAAGUUCAAGAAGUUUGAGAACGGCACGUGGCUCGUGGUGCCCCUUGAAGACCAGAUGAAGAUGACUAAACUUGAUGGGCAGGUGUGGCUUGCCCUCCUCAACCUCCUGCUCAGCCCAGAAUGCCAGCACAAGUACCACUUUGAUGGCUUCAACAAGAGCCAGCUCCUUAAGCUCCGUGCAUUCCUGACAGAUGUCCUCCUGGACCAGCUGCCGAACCUGGUGGAGAUGCAGAGAUUUCUGAGCCACCUGGCAGUGGCAGAGCCAGCUCCUCCAAAAAAGGAUCUUGUUCUGGAGCAGGUGCCUGUCAUCUGGGACCACAUCCUCAAGAAGAACACGGGCAAGUGGGAGGCCAUCGCCAAGCACCAGGUGAAGCAUGCCUUCAGCCCCACUGAGGAAGAGCUGAAGCUCCAGGCACGCAGGUGGGCGCAGACGUACAGCCUGGACAUGCUGGAGGUCCUCGCCCCCGACAAACCCCGGUGCCCGGUGUGCGGUGUGGAGGCGGCCAAGCGGUGCUCUCGCUGCAGGAAUGAGUGGUACUGCACACGGGCAUGCCAGGUCCAGCACUGGCAGAAGCACCGCACUGCCUGCAACCUGCUGGCCCAGGCGUCGGGCACUGCAGGCACACUGUGAGCAGGGCAGGGUCUGACCUGCAGCACGGCAAGGCCCGGUUCUCCUUGGAGAAAAGCCCUGUAGCACCACGCAGGCAGGCUCACAGCCCUUCUCCCUGGUAGUUUCAUGGGGCCCAGCCUCCCUGUCACCACCAUGCAACACCCCCACUCCUAGUGCACCCUGCAGGGGCUCGGCUCCCCCUCUUUGUAUUCUCUUUGAAGACAAUAAACCACUUCCUCCCCUCCCUCACA